AUGGAUAUUAUCGUGAAUACGGAAAAACGAGUUGUCCGAACUCUUACAAUUGCCGUGCGGUUGAAAAUCAUCGAGCAAAUUGAAGUCUUCGGUCGGAAGGUGAAGGAUGUGGCCAAGGAGUAUGAUUUACCGCAAAGUACUGUGUCAACCAUCUACAAGAACAAGGAAAAUUGGAAGGUAAAAGCUGAAAAUGCCGGAAAUCUCCAUAAGAAACGUAUGAGGUUAGUAGGUAACGAUAAGCUUGAAGUGGCAAUGGAGCUAUUCGUUCGUCAAGCCAGGGAAAAUAACAUACCGUUAUCCGGAUCUAUUAUUCGAGCAAAAGCUUGCGAAUUUGCUGAUAAACUUGGAUUAGCAAAUUUCAAAGGAAGUGCUGGAUGGCUUAGUAAGUUCUGCAAACGUCAGCGCAUGUCAUUCCGUAAGCUUUGCGGCGAGAGUGCUAGUGUUGAUUUGAACAUGACUAGCGAUUGGAUGUCAAAUGUACUUCCCGGGUUAAUUAACGAAUAUGAGCCAAAUGAUAUUUUCAACGCCGAUGAAACAGGCCUGUUUUUCAAAUGCUUACCAGAAAAGUCGUUUGUGUUCCGCUCGGAAACUUGCCAUGGAGGGAAAUAUUCAAAACAGCGGUUGACGGUCAUGUGCGCAACUAACAUGAACGGAACCGAGAAGCUUCCGUUGCUUGUUAUUGGGAAAAGUCCAUCUGAUCAAAAUCCAUCCCGUCGUUGUAUCACCAUACCAGAGCAAACGAUCAAUGUUGACAAGGCAAGUUUUUGUCUAUUUGACGACGGCUGCAUGGAUCAUAACAAUAGAUACGAUCGCCAGGCGGACUAUCCACAGCUAACUCGGUGGCUAGGUAUCGCAGUUAGCCGAACUGUACGCUCUCCCUACCAACAACUGAACGCUCCACCAUCUCCACUAUAA